AUGGCCAUCAUUGAUACCCUCCCCGCUGUCAGCGUUUCUGUUCGCCUCAAGAAAGCCUACCGAGACGCUGACGAAUACCCCGACCCGUAUCCGUACUAUGAGCAUGAGAGAUACAUGAAUGACUACGAGCAGUGUGCCCGCAACUACAUUGAGAGUAAGGAAGGAACCGAGUUCGCAGUCCACGUCAAUGUCUUGGACGAUGCCACCAUUGAUCCCUGGGUCCAUCACGACGAAGGUUUGGUUUUCCUUCUCUUCCUCGACGGCCACUUCAUGGGAAAGCGAUUCUGCUACGAUGAUGACUUCAAACAUGGAGGCUGGCACUUUGCCUUCAAAGGCAAGAGACAUCCCAACCAGGACAGAACUGCCAUGGUCGAGAGUAACUUCAAGUUCGAGACGAUUACUGCAGUUGACCAGGACGCUACCGAUGGCGAAUUGGGACGUGCCAAAGAUCUUGGCACAAUCGAGGUGCGCGUCAGACUUGCCAGAUUCGCUGGUGGUCCAUGCCGCAACAGACGUGUCAACUUGGAGAGACCGUUGCGCGAGCCGGAGUACAACAAGUGCGAGAUCUCAGAGGAAGCUAUCAAGGGCCGACCUAUCUACCAUGGCACCUCGACUAACCGUCAGAAAGAUGCGCUGAAGAUUGAGGAGAUCCUUCACCAGACCCCCAGCCCGGAGCCUGCCCCAGCGCCUUUCCUCCGUCAGAAACCGGCCUACUUGGGAAAGUCGAGCCUUCCUAGAUUCGAGGACCUUCAUGAAGAUGAGGUCGAGCGUCUUGCUCGAGAGAGACAUCAACAGCUUCAAGCUGAGCAAGCGCAGCCUUCGGCUCAGAAUAACAAACGGAGCUAUGACGACUUCUGUGAUCUUACGGAUGGCGCUGAUGAGCAGUCGGUCCGUCCUUACAAGAUCAUCAAGCUGGGAAAUGGCCAUGACGCUAUUGAUCUCACAGGCGGCUACUAG